CAAUCCGUCAAAUUGAAUCCGAUUACGAUUAGAUUAGAUUGCUGCAUUCAGUUGCGUUUAUAUAUUUAACGCAAUUUUUGUGGCAAGUAAAUAAUAAAGAAGGUGUGCCAUGGCUCGAAACAGCAAUGAAAACAAAGACGACAACAUUGAUCCAGCUUCCGUAGCUUCUAACGUCAAGAACACCUUGAAACAGGAUGUUAUUAAGGAGCUACUGAAUAGCUCUUUCGAAGACAACAAGACGAAGCUGGGCAAUGAUGCAUUGUCUCUGGUUGUGGAAGUUGCCAAAUGCCUGGUUACGGAGACUUGUCUCCGUGCCUCGAGCCAGGCACUGCGAGAGUCCUGUGAUAAAGUUGACAUAGAGCAUGUUGAGAAAUGCCUGCCACAGCUGAUGUUGGACUUCCCAUAAGCCUGCAACCCUCAAAGAAACUUCCAACCUAAUUUUCAGUUGUGACUCAAGUAUUGAGGCCUUAUCAAGAUAAUAAUUUAUAAUCACUGCAACUUCCGAUCUGCGAUCUGACUGAUUCACAAAAGGGUAUACUCCAAACAUGCCCUCAUAUUUUACUAACUUAUCAAUUUUAUUGAGUAUAUUGCUUAGUAAUGAAGCUCUCUAAGGGUCUGUUUCACAAAGUCUGAGGAAGGUAUUGGAUAGCUAACUAACAAAUAAAUAAAACUUCAUGCAAAGCUUAGCACUUUAUAUACCAGUUAAGCUUAUUUGAAGAUUGUGAAAUGCCAACAAUGACUUCAUUCAUCAUGUAAGUGGCAAGUAGCUUGUUCACGACUUGGACAUUGUGAAACUGACUCUUACACUAUGAAAAGAAUCUAUUAUGGUUGACAUCAAACAAAGUUAAAGUUUGAAAUUGAUUAGCAACCAUAAACAGAAAAGGUAUGGCUCUCUUUAGCUUAAAGUCUAGUCACGCGAUAAAGACUACCCACCUCUUUCUAAUUAGAUCUUUAAGAAAGGGAUGAAUCAUUGACUCUUAACUUGCGUCAUCAUUAUGGUUAUUAUUCUCCCAACCGAGUUGUCUUCAAAACUUCACUCUGAAUUUAGAAAAUAGUUAAGUCUGUCUUAAGCGUAAGUGGUAUUUACCAAAAACUCACUAUUUAUUAGGAUUCCAGAUUUCUUUGCUUAAAAAUCCUCUAGCUGCUUGUUGCUUUUAAGUUAGAUGUGUUCAUUUACCAUACUAAAUAUAAAUUUACUUGGAUACUGCCUGUCUUACCCUAUUGUACAGCAUAGUCUCAUGUGAGCGUUUCUUUUUUUGUGCCACUUUUUUAUGUGACCUUUUUUGCCACUUGUGUUAUUUCUAGUCAGGAUCGCGAGCCCUUUUUAUCCGUAUAGGAGAAAAACGUGGCCCAGAAUUUCCAUGCAUUUUUCAAACUUUCCUUUUUGUUACCGCCAUACGAAGUAUAUGCGGAAAUGGUAACACAAUAGGAAAAAACUCUGGGACAUUUUUCUUCCCAUUAGGAUCGAGCUCGAUUCUAAGUAGAAAAGAAAAACAAAAUUUAUGAAAGUGGCAUUUUUUUAAGAAACUCUCAUGUAAUCUAUUGUUAACAAGUGGAAGAUAUAAUACUAGUACAUUUCGCUUGUGAGAAGUUUCAUAGUAUUUAUAAUGUAUACUUACCUAAUAACAAUACAUUCCAAGCUUUAAAGUUCAGUCUAGUGCUCCCAUUGGCCAUUUAAAAAUAAAAUAUGAAGAUAUUUAGAUGUAAUGGAAUUUAAAAAGCAAUAAACAGUGUCUAUUAUGUAUAAUUCAGUCUUUUGUUUCUACCAUCGAUCAUACUAUUAAUUCGACUACUAAACCACUUAAAUAAGUGCAAAAAAUUAUAGGUAGUGUAGUUUAGACGGGAAUUAUUUUUGUCAGAAAAAUAUUUUUGAUACUAGCUUUUAUCGCUGACUGUACUUUUCUUUCACCAGGCUAUUAAUACUCAUAAUAACCCAAACACAAUAAGGUUACGUCGUUUUAUUACAGAGUUCCUAUGGCCACCUUCCAGGGUCAUGUCAUAAUUAUAUUGCAUUGUCAUUCAACUUACAUAUGUAUGCAAAGUUUUAGCUUCAUCGGAAACCGGGAAGGGGGUCAAAUUUAACUUGCGAGUUUUGUCCCAUCAGUACAGAUCUCAUAUAUUGCAAGUUAAAUAAGCUUGUAAAAAGUGGAUGGUGCUAUAGUGCACUGUGUAUAUUAAGGUAACUAGUUUGUCAAGGGCGAAUUUCCCUUAGAGACAUGGACGCCAUUAACCUUUUGACCGCCACCGUCGGCUAUGGCCGACAUCUGAAAGACUUGCCAAGGACGCCAACGACGGCUACAGCCGACAGUUUCGCCAAUGCAAUGGGGGACUAACGCGGGACUCCGUAAAGUUCAAUUUCGUUUAAAUAAUUGUGAUCGCCUGCGUCCGGGGCACGGCAUAUUCCUUCGCCGUCUGCCGUUCAAGGGGUUAAAGAAGCUAUGGCCCGGGAGAUGUAAUCCGAAUCUCACGGCUAUAAGGCGGUAAACAUGUAUGGUAUAUCCAUUGAUAAACGAGUAAACGACAUGCCAAACCCUUCUGCGGCUGUAGCACGGUCGUAUUUUUAUCACUUGUCACUAUGCCUGUCACUUUCGCACUUACGUACUUGUUAGAACGUGACAGGCAUAAUGACAAGUUAUAAAAAUGAUACAGCCCCUGGGUCCAUUGAGUGUAAUUUAUGAAGGAAAAAUAGACAUUAUUUUUCAUAUAAAAUUUAUUAUGUAAAGUAGGUCUGUUCUAUGCAUGUUCCUACUCACUUCACAAUGUCCGUAAACACAUUUUAGAUCCGGUGACACGUUCGGCAUACAACUAAGAGGAAAGUAGUGCAUACAUAAUAUACAUAUUCUAAUUAAUUACAUAAAUAUCUAUUUCGAGGCAUUUCGGAACUAGGUUAUUGUCUAACGCUACGAGUGGAACUUUAAUUAAUUUUCGUUAUAAAAAAUAAUUUUAGACAGAUAUUGACUUCUUAAACAUUUGACCAUACAAUUUGUAGCUUACUUUAUACAUUAAAUUUGUUAUUAUAUUUG